GGCGCCAAAGUGACGUCGUUCCCGCAAACAACAGAAACAGCGGGGUUUAUUUGGUAGAACUGCAUUUUAGUGCCGCCUAUUGGAUUGGAGGGAUUGGAUGCAACCGUGUAUCUACAACUGGAGAUGAAAUCUUCACUUCAACAGAUAAAAUUUCACAACUUAUUGAAGAGGAGAAAGACCUUCUGGACCUUGUCAGUUUGUACAUUGAUGCUGAACAAAAAAAUUUACAGGAAAUGAAGAGCCUUCUUCUGCAGCUUCAACUUGUGUCAUACUUAAACCCUUAUGACUCAGAGAAAAUCAAAGACCCUGUGGCAUCUUACAAACUCUUAAGACGAGUGAGAACUGAAUGGUUGAGCAUUGUAGACUACGCUCAAAAGAGUCUUUAUAAAACGUUUCAGACAGUGCUGACAUAUGCACAAAUCCCACAGGGAGAGGACUGGAGAGGUGCCGCUUCAGGACUGAUCAGACUGCAAGAGAUCUACAAACUCUACCCACACAACAUCACAAAAGACACCGCUCUAACUGCAGAUGAAGCCUACUAUGUGGGGUUGGUCGCUUACAGCGAGGAAAAAUUCCAGCUUGCUUUUCUCUGGUUUUUGUACAGUCUAGAAAGAGUAACAGAAUACUCAACCAUUACUAAGCAAGAGUUGCUCCAUUACCUGUGUUCCUCAGCCUAUCAUUUUGGCAGCCUACCUGUGGCAAUCUACUUCUGCCAACUGCACCUAAAUCUAGACCCAGAUAACGAUGAUGUCAAAGUUCUCCUGAACCUGUAUAAAUACCUUCGCUCACAGAGAACUUCAUUCCCUGAUAUAUUCACACUGAGCACAGAGUCAAGUAAAUAUGAAACACUGUGCAGAGGAGAGAUUGAUGAGAGGACCUCCCAGAGGCAGAGGGCGCUGUCCUGUAGGUACAGCACAGGGGGAGGAAACCCCAGAUUGAUGUAUGCACCAGUGAAAGAGGAAGUGGAGUGGGAUGAGCCUCGAAUCAUCAGAUAUCAUGACAUUAUUUCAGACAGAGAGAUAGAGAUCCUGAGGAAUAUCUCCAGACCUCUACUUUCUAGGGCUGAGACUACAAGGGGAGUGUCAAAGAACCGUACUUCUCAAGGUGUUUUUCUAGAUGAAUCUUGGAAUAUUGUGGUUUCUCGUGUCAAUCAGAGGAUUGCAGACAUCACAGGACUCUCCCAGGACUCACCUGAAGACCUAUUUGUUCAGAAUUAUGGGAUUGGUGGCAGAUAUGAACCACAUUAUGAUGAAUGGGAUGGUGAGAAUGGAAGGAUUGCUACAUUCUUAAUUUAUAUGAGUGAUGUGGAGAAAGGGGGCGCCACUGUGUUUCCUACAGUUGGAGUUGCAUUAAAGCCAGAAAAGGGUUCCGCCGUGUUUUGGUACAACCUCCACAAGAAUGGAAAUGUGGAUUUGCAAACACAGCAUGCUGGAUGCCCCGUGUUAAGGGGUAACAAAUGGGUGGCUAAUAAAUGGAUCCAUGAGUUUGGACAGGAGUUCAGGAGACCCUGUUCUUUGUCAUACUGGGAGUGAUAAAAACUGAGUUUUGUAAAUAAGAUCUGUAAUACAGAUAUACUGUAUUAAUUUUAACUGUGAUUUACUACUAAGUAAUGUUAAUAAUAAUUGUAUUCCUGUAAAUGAGACGCUACCGUUUUCUCUGCAGUUAUAUUUAAAGCUAAAUUUUACAUGCUUCCUCUUCAGGCUAUGUUUGAAUGAUGAUUUACAUGUUUUACAAGUUUUGUGAUGUUUGAUUUUGGGUUGUGUUUAUAUAUGAAGUCUGAAACUGAAAUUUCUGUCUGUGUGUUUGUGUGAACCUCACAUGCAGAGUACAAGUCCGUCAAUAUACCUCAACAUCAUGAGACGUAAUUCCCACAGUAUACACACAAUAAACCAUUAAUCAUUAUUUUGCAAGAUUUUAGAGAUUGUAAA